GCGCUGGGACCCACGCUGCAGCCCCGGAGCGGCGGCGGGCGGCGGCCGGGAGAUCGCUCCGGCGGCUGCUGCGAGGGAGGUUCGCCCCGCCUCGCCUCGCCUCGCCUCGCCUUCAUGCCUCCAGCCCGGCUCCGCAGCCGGCUGCCCUGAGCCGCCCCAGCCAUGGGAGAGGGCUGGCUCGCCCCAGAUUGCAACCCCCCCAACCGGUCCAGCUCCCCGCCGCCCGUGCCCCCCAGCGGCGCCUCCACCCUGCCCUACCCGCCGGGCAGCCGGCAGCUGCCCCUGGAGCUGCCCUCCCACCAGUGGGCGGUGGGCAUGGGCAUGCUGAUGGCCGUGAUGGUGCUGCUGAUCGUGGUGGGCAACGCGCUGGUGAUCGCGGCCAUCGGGCGCACGCAGCGGCUGCAGACCCUCACCAACCUCUUCAUCACCUCGCUGGCCUGCGCCGACCUGGUGAUGGGCUCGCUGGUGGUGCCCUUCGGGGCCACGCUGGUGGUGCGGGGCCGCUGGCUCUGGGGCUCCUUCCUGUGCGAGUGCUGGACCUCGCUGGACGUGCUGUGCGUGACGGCCAGCAUCGAGACCCUGUGCGUCAUCGCCAUCGACCGCUACCUGGCCAUCACCUCGCCUUUCCGCUACCAGAGCCUCAUGACCAAGGGCCGGGCCAAGGGCAUCAUCUGCACCGUCUGGGCCAUCUCCGCCCUGGUCUCCUUCCUGCCCAUCAUGAUGCAUUGGUGGCGGGAUGGAGAUCCCCAGGCUCUGGAUUGCUACCAGGACCCCGGCUGCUGCGACUUCGUCACCAACAGGGCCUAUGCCAUCGCCUCCUCCAUUAUCUCCUUCUACAUCCCCCUGCUCAUCAUGAUCUUUGUGUACAUCAGAGUCUACCGGGAGGCCAAAGAGCAGAUGAGAAAGAUAGACAGGUGCGAGGGCAGGUUCUACUGCAGCCACCCCCAGCCGCCUGCUCAGGCUCAAUCCCACCAUCAGCCAAUCCUGGGCAAUGGCAGAACCAGCAGGAGAAGGACCUCCAGGAUCCUGGCCUUGAAGGAGCAAAAAGCUCUCAAGACCUUGGGCAUCAUCAUGGGUGUCUUCACGCUCUGCUGGCUCCCCUUCUUCCUGGUCAACGUGGUCAAGGUCUUCAACAGGGACCUGGUGCCAGACCAGCUCUUCGUCUUCUUCAACUGGCUGGGCUAUGCCAACUCGGCUUUCAACCCCAUCAUCUAUUGCCGCAGCCCUGACUUCCGCAAGGCCUUCAAGAGGCUGCUCUGCUGCCCCAGGAAAGCUGACAGGAGGUUGCACGCUAGUGCUGGGGAGCUCUCCCAGUAUCCAGGGAGCUUCAUCAAUACUUUGGGCACCCCCGAGCGCAGCCUCGGAGGGACGUGGUCCGAUUGCAAUGGGGGCACACAGGGAGGCAGUGACUCCAGCCUGGAGGAGAGGAAUAGCAAAAUUUCCUAUUUGGAAUCCAAGGUAUAAGGAUAGGGUGUGUGUCGGGUUUGGGGGCAGAGGGUUGUGUGAACUGGACACUGAGCGUAAAGAAAGACAGGAAGGGAAAUGAACAGAAGGAAAAAGGAGGAAAAACCCACCAGGAGUCUGGUUAAUAAACACCAGACCAAACUGAUCUCUUGCUGUGGAGAGAAUCUGUGUUUACUUAAAAUUAAAAGCAGGUGAACUUGUAUGCAGCAUACCUCAUCUGAAGCUAAAGGAAACGGGAGGCCACUGACCACUGAACAAAGGAAAUUAACAAACUGUCUCAAACGCAUUUGGAUUAUUUGCAAAAAGAAAAGGAGUACUUGUGGCACCUUAGAGACUAACAAAUUUAUUAGAGCAUAAGCUUUCGUGAGCUACAGCUCACUUCAUCGGAUGCAUUCGAUGAAGUGAGCUGUAGCUCACGAAAGCUUAUGCUCUAAUAAAUUUGUUAGUCUCUAAGGUGCCACAAGUACUCCUUUUCUUUUUGCAAAUACAGACUAACACGGCUGCUACUCUGAAAUUUGGAUUAUUAUUAUCUUUGUGUGGGGAGUUCCAUGUUGGCAGUUAGGGAAAAUAAUUUGAAAAGGAAAUAAGAAAAUAGGUUACAUUUUUCUGAGGGCUACAGUUGCAGAGGGGCCUGAUCCUGAAACACUGAAGUAUUGGAAAUUUGCCGUUGCCGUCAGCGUUGGCAGGGUCAAGCUGUUAUUAACCUUGCUUCAAAGGUUAGGACUAUCAGCUAUCCCUGUCCUUAUUUCUGGGAGCUGCAGCAGUAGUCCCACAUGGAGGAAAAGAGCCUGAUUUUAAUAAGUGCUGACUGCCGAAAAAUCUCACUGAAGUCCGUGGGAAUUGCAGGUGUUCAGCACUUUUGCAUAUGGCUAAAAGUCACUGUUGAAAGUGUAUUUGUGUUCUGGUGAGUUUUAUUUUAAGCUCUUGGUAGCUGGGCUCCCCCGUUAUCUAAAGCAGAUAAGAAUAAAAAAUACAUAGUGUUGAACAUUGAUAUACUUGUAUUUUGAACAAACCUCUUCUGCUUUUUUCUUCGGCACCAGCAAACUGGUGACUUUUUGUCCUUAUCUUCCCUUGCCAGACAAUAGCAAUCAGGCUGAGAAACUUCUACCUCAAACUGUGCAUAUUGUACAGGGGAAAUGAAAAAGACAUGUUUAUAUUAAACAGCUUAUUUAUGUAUCACUAUUAGUAUUUUUAAAAAAAAAACCCACUCCAGUCAUUGAGCCUUCUGCAGUUUGUUCAUUGUAAUUACAGAUGAACAGGAAAAAUGAAUUCCUUGUAUCAAAAAAAUUACUGCACAUUUUUAAAAAAGGCAACAUAGCCAUUUUUUGCACAGUGUCAAGAAUUGUAAAGUGAAUUAAAGAUGUUACUUGCACAAAAAGUCGAAUUACAAAUAAAACGGGGGUUAAAUAACGUCAAACCCCAGAUCUAUUUCAGUUCUUGUCUGCUAUGUUACGAUUUUACUGAGAGUUACUUUUUUAAUAUUAUUUUAUCAAGGUACUGUACAUGUAUCUAUAUUAUAAAUUAAAGUAUCUUAAGGAUCUUUUUAUUUUUAUUUUUUAUGUCCAAGUGCCCACGUGAAUCUGCUGUUGUUUUAGCACUUGUGUGUCAUUUCCAUUUUCCCUCUGUGUGUGUGUGUGUGUGUGUGUGUGUGUGUGUGUGUGUGUGUGUGUUAUAAUGUAUUUAUACUCUGGUGCAAUUUACUACUGUGUAAGUAAUCGGUCAAUGUGCAAUAAAUGUCAUUGCAUCA